AUGGAUAACGCCGCCGUUGUCGACGCGUUCAAUCUAGCUGGCGAAGACCGGGAUGCACUGAAAAGGGUGUACAACAUCUAUCCCGACAGACCCUCCUCUUCCAGAAUUGGAGCCUUGGAUUUCAUUAACGACUAUAAAUUUCUCCUUCCAGCGGAGAACAUUGCUGGGCUGUUCAAGGCUGCAGGCAAGCCGGCCUAUCGUUACCUCGUUGAUGAACCGAAUCCUUGGCAGCCGUCAAACGGCGCUCAUCAUGCUGUCGACCUGCUUUUCCUUUUUGGGGGUGCUGGCGUUGGGUGCCGAAGGCGAAUGGAGGCGGCAGAGUUCCUGCGCAGUGUCCCGUCACAAGUCCUGGAUCAGGUCUUCUUUGCUCUCGCUGCCGGCCGAAUCAGCUUGUCAAACUGA